UGCAACUGCGAGAGGGUGUAACCACUCCGAUGUUAUUAAGUAACAUACGUUGUCGUAACUAAUAGUAGUAUACGGUUGACCUCCUUAAACCUUUUACGAUUUGGAUGAUUUACUGUGUCCGUGUGCGGUGACAAUGGCAAACAUCAAUCUCGCCGUUGUUGGAAACAACCUGGUGAAGAGCGCAGAGACUGGAGAGACUGUAGAGCUCAAGUCUCUGUGGCAGGACCAGCCGGUGGUCUUGUUCUUCCUGCGCAGGUUUGGCUGUCAGGUGUGUCGAUGGAUGGCAUCAGAGAUCAGCAAACUGGAGCCAGAUCUUACAGCCAGCGGUGUAUCACUAGUGGGCAUCGGACCAGAGGAGCUUGGACUGAAGGAAUUCAAGGAGGGAGGGUUUUUUAAAGGAUCUCUUUAUGUUGAUGAAAAAAAGAAAAGCUACAAGGAUUUGGGCUUCAAAAGGUACUCUGCCUUAAGUGUGGUUCCUGCUGCAUUGGGAAAGAAAGUACGAGAUGUGAUCACAAAGGCCAAUGCUGUAGGCAUCCAGGGAAACUUCUCAGGAGAUCUACUCCAGAGUGGAGGCAUGCCUCAUUGUGGCCAAAGGUGGAGAAAGCAUCCUGCUGCACUUCAUCCAGGAUUCACCAGGAGACCAUGUACCUCUGGAGGACAUUUCUAAGGCCUUGGGUAUUUCAGCUCAAGUAAAAGCAGGACAGAUGCCUGUGUGCAAUGAUGAGUUUGUACACGAUGAUGAGACACUUCAAGCUCAAAUGGAGAUUUAACAAGACAUGAAAACACUUCCAUUAUUGAUGAUAAUUGUGAUUUUUUUAUGACAAUUUAUAUGAUCUUUAUUAUAUUGCAGUAAACUAAAUUAAAAAUGCUUUUACUGAUACUUUUUAUUAAUGUAAUGAAUAUUCACUUACCCUUUUGACUGUGAUGACUGUUUUGUUUAAAAUGGUCUUUGUAUUUGUACACUCAUUAAUAUGCAAAUAAAUCUAUUAUGCCUUUUGUA